AUGACCAACGACCCUCUAUGGAAGAGGAUUAUCGCCCAAAAACGCCAGAUCAGAGACCAGUUGCUCGCGCCGUACCUAGUGGACGAUGUGGAUAGCCGAUUGCCCCGCGUUGACCGGGUAGACGAGCGGACUCGGCUCGACCAGGAACCCAAAAUCCAGACAAUCACGGACAUCGACAACAUUGCGGAGCUGCUUGACCGCCUGAAAAAGGGUGAAUUUACGGCCGAAGGAGUCGUCCAGGCCUAUAUCAAGCGCGCAGUAGUAGCUCAUCAGCUCACCAAUUGCUUCACGGAAGUGAUGUUUGAAGACGCCCUGAAACAAGCUAGACAACUCGAUGCGGAAUUCCAAGCAACCGGCAAGCUGAAAGGUCCCCUGCAUGGAAUACCCGUCACGCUGAAAGACCAAUUCAACGUGAAAGGCAUAGAUACGACACUAGGAUACGUCGGCAGAUCAUUUGAUCCCGCGAAUGAGGAUGCCGUCCUCGUUCAACUGCUCAAAAGUAUGGGCGCUGUCAUCAUAGCCAAGUCGAACCUGCCGCAGAGUAUCAUGGUGCGUGCGGAACCCCAGCCAAAGGAUACAACACUGACUCAUGUGCAGUGGGCUGAAACGGAGAAUCCUCUCUGGGGCCUUACAACGAACCCCCGAAACCCGGAAUUCACACCUGGCGGCUCAACCGGCGGCGAAAGCGCAUUGCUCGCGCUGCAUGGCUCACUGGUUGGUUUCGGGACUGACAUUGGAGGAAGUACGCGCAUCCCGCAAGCUACGAUUGGAUUAUACGGCUUCAAGCCGAGCAGUAGCAGGCUUCCCUAUUACGGGGUGCCCGUGUCCACUGAUGGCCAGGAACAUGUUCCAUCAUCCGUUGGACCGCAGGCCCGAGACCUCUCGUCUAUCUGCUACAUCAGCCGUCUGCUAGCAGAUGCACGGCCUUGGGAACUGGAUCCGCGAUGUGUGCCAUUGCCAUGGAAUGAACAUGCAUUCCAGGAGAUACAAUCGCGGCCACUAGUCAUAGGUCUCAUCCCCGACGACGGCGUCGUCAGAGUCCAUCCUCCCAUAGCGAGGGCAUUGGACGAACUAUCCACGGCACUGAAGAAUUACGGCUACGAAGUCGUGACAUGGGAUACUUCAGACCACCAAGAAUAUAUCAAGUUGAUGGAUUUGUAUUAUACCGUGGACGGGGGCGAGGAUAUCCGGCACGAUAUUAGCCAGGCAUCCGAGCCCAUGAUCCCUCACGUCCAGCAACUGGUGAAUCGCGGCAAGGCAAUUUCGGUGUGGGAAUAUUGGCAGUUGAAUAAGCGCAAGGUUAAGCUGCAGAAACAAUACCUGGAUAAGUGGAACAGCGUCCGGUCUCCUUCGGGCAAGAAAGUGGAUGUCCUUCUCAGUCCGACGUUGCCGCAUACGAGUGUUCCGCAUCGUAAGAUUCGGUGGGUGGGAUAUACCAAGAUUUGGAAUCUGCUUGAUUAUACUGCUAUCACAUUCCCGGUGGAUCUUGUGAGAGCUGAGAAGGACUGCUUGCCUUCCGACUCCGCGCCCUAUAAACCAAGGAACGCACUGGAUGAGUGGAAUUGGGGUCUUUAUGAUGUAGAGAAAGUGGAUGGGUAUCCGGUGAACUUGCAGGUUAUCGGUAAGAAGCUCGAGGAGGAGAAGGUGCUGGGGGCUACUACUGUCAUUGAAAAUGUCUGGAAGAACCAUGUUGCGAAUAGCGGUAGAUAG